AUGGCAACAAGGAGAAGUGCCCGACUUCAAGAGCUGCCAGCUCUGGAUGUGGCCCAUGACAAGCAAGAUGCACCCGGGCAGGCUGCUGCGGUGAGGAAGCCAAAGCUGCAGACUCCGGCGGCAAAGCCGACACCCAAAAGAGCCCGCAGUCUAGGAGGGGUGGUGAAGGGCAAGACAAAGACGGCGGCAGAUGCGACUACCAGCAAGGGCAAAGCGCAAUUUCUCAACCCUCAAAUCAACUCGGUCGACGUCAACGCCAAGAUGCUCUCACUCCCACUGGAAGUCCUCAGUAUCAUCCUGGACAACAUUGAAGACCCACCAACACUCAGUGCUCUUGGUCGAACCAGCAAGAUGUGUUAUUCUCUGACAAUGCCCCGGCUCUACAACCGCAUCGCCGUCGCCGCCAUGUUUCACGCACACAUCCCCAAACUCAUCCGCACGCUGGAGCCUCACCUCACGAUAGCGCAGAAGAAGCAGUUGAAGAAGGAAGGUAAGUACAAAGGCCAACAAGAGCGAUACCCAACCGGCCUCAACGAGAAAGAGAUGCCCAUGUGUGCCAGCUUUGUGAGACAAAUGGUAGUUGGUGCUGCGAAUCCGGGGAAAAAGCACCAAUAUAUCGUCGACAGAUAUAUUGAGGAGGCGCUCAAGAACAUGGAAAACCUUGAGAUUCUUGAAACGUGGGUAAUGAAUAAGUCCAUCAGCCAGACUAUUGCAUCACUUCAGAGCUUGAAAGCCCUGUACUUGUACGCAGAAAGGGUUGGAGAAGAAGAUAUAUCAUCAUUGGCCCAUAUCAAAAACCUCAAGCAUCUGGUGGUGCGAGACCAUGGCUGGUCAUCGAUAUUUGUUGGGCACAAGCUCAAUGUUGUACAGUCCAUGCUCCGGAAUUCAAUGUCAACACUUCAGAGCCUCACCCUCCAUACAAACUCGUCUUACGGCAAUCCAUUCGGAGAUUGGGACAAGACUCUGGGAACCUCGACAGGAGCUAACGCCACGCGCAAAGAUGACGAAGCCCAUAAUUUCGCUGCAUUGAAGUCAUUAUCCCUGUCGGGUACCCUUAUCGAUGAGGAUUUUAUGCGGGAGUUCGCUAAGGCCAUUGACGUCCUCCGGCUGCGUGAGCUGACUCUCGCAUAUUUGAACGACCAAGAGUGCCUAUUUUACCCUUUCCUCGCUAGCCUAGCUACCUCGUACCGUGGUACGACAGACAUGCCCAUAAGCCUGCGAAUCCUGAACCUCAGAAUGUCAGACGAUCAUUUGAGUUUCAACAACGAACAACUUGGGGCCUAUUUCGACGCGAAGUGUCACUUCAUCUCAUCCUUCGAUACCCUGACGAUGCUGGAGCUUCUAGUGUAUGGGGAGUAUCCAUCUGGCCUCGGUUUAGCCAACCCAGGACUCUCAGAAACACUCCUGCAAGCCAUACUCAAACAUGAGAACUUGAGGGUCUUGAGAUUUUCUUACAGUGGAUGGAGAUCCGAGUACAACAUUCCGUCUCUGGGGCCCAAGACUGUUGGCCGUAUUAUAGAUGGCCUGCCUCGGUUGCGGGAGCUCGAAUUUGUCCCGACUGUAGAGCAAAUGGGCGAGAUAAGUCAAGCCCUUCUUCGCGGUGGUGGCAAUCUCGAGUCCGUUACCUGUUUCCCUGCACGAUGGGAUUCAGGUCCCAGACCAGACCAACCUAGCGAAACCCUCUCUAGUAUUCUCCGGGCCUUUCUUUCGAAUCCCAAGAUUGACCUCAUAUCCCAAUCCAGAAAUAAAGAGUUCGUAUGGGAGGACUACUACAAGCUUAACCGAGUUUCCGAUACAUAUCAAGUGUGGGAAGUUGCGUCAAAAUUCGAGAAGCCAAGAAAUAGAAAGGGGAACGGCAAGGCCCGCACCAAGCCGGGAAAGAUUCAGGUGGAAGUAGCUGGUGGGAUGCGUGAGGUCUGGUAUCGACUAGUUCCACGUACGCAGCACAUCCAUGUCGGGUACGAUCCAGACUUCAAGUGGGUGAAAAAGGCCGAGAAGGAACUACGAUAG